AUGCUGUCCACAUACCUCCCUAUCAAGCUUCAGCCAUCAGCACCCCGGAACCCCCGCGAGGUUUCGGCAGAGCAGCAAAGAUGGAUGCAUGUCAACAUGGCAGGGCUCAGGGCCAGCUGGAAGAAGACGCCAACAUGCAGCGACAUUUACGACCUCCUUCGCUUUUACCUUGGCAGGAACCUUCUCCCGGCAGGCUUCCCCGACAUUUUCGCCGUGCAGCCCUUCAGCUCCGGUGACUUCAACGUCCUGUUCAAAGUCACCCUGCACCAUCGGGCCGGAGACCUGCGUCAACAGCCUUUCUUCGCCAAAUACCCCUCCCAGUUUCUGGUCCGCGUGGGUCUCCCUAUUGCGCCGUACUACAAGAUCGAAAGCGAGGUUGCGACCAUCCUGUUUGCCCACGCCCAUUGCGUGCCCACCCCCAGGGUUCUCUUCUUUGACUCUAGUGCCAAGAACCCCCUGGGCCUCGACUGCAUGUUUCUGGAGAUUGCCAAGGGAGAGUCGGUCAUGGAAACCUGCAAACAGGCGCGGAUCCGAGCCGACGGUGGCCCAUGGGACCCGCGGAAAACAUCCGGCCUGACGUUGAGAGCGGCUGGGCAAGCCACCGCGGCGAUGAGGCCAAUGUGGGGGCAACAGUUCGAAUCCUACGGCAGCCUCUACUGGAACUGGGAAACCUCCGAGUUCUAUGUCGGCCCCAUGGUCGACUUCGUCUUCGCGGCCGUCGGGUCAGGGCUGGAAAAAAGCCCACUGCUGCCAGGGCCGUUCGCCACGCCCUGGGAAUUCUUCGACGCCGUUGCCAAGGGCUGGGGGCUGGCAAUGCUGGCCCAGUACCGGUUUCACGUGGAUGCCGAGCCCGUUCCGAUGCCAGAGGGGUGCAGCGACCACGCCAAAGUCCAAGCGGAGGCGUUGGCUUCCCAACAAGGGCGCAUUUGGGAGAGGGCGGGGCUGCUUGACGUCCAGUUCGCCAUGCUUCGAGAGCAGGUCGUGCCGGCGAUCCGGGCCUUUGCCUCCGCCCACAGGAGGCUGGAGCUCGCGAUCAGGGCUCCCGACACCAAGCCCCGGGGUCCUUCGAUGGAGGAAGCGCUGCGACCGCGCCUCUGGCAUCACGACUGCCACAGGGGCAACAUCAUCUGGGACCGCCAGAGGGACGCCAUAACCGCGAUCCUGGACUGGGAGAUGGUCAAGAUCCUUCCGGCGUCGUUGGCCCGCGUCCGGAUAGGGUGCCGCGGGGCCCGUCUCCCCAAAGGCGAGCGCGUCUGGAUCCCCAAGAUUAUGGGCCUACCGAUGUCAUCCAUACUGUCCCCAGCAGUCUUGGGCCCGGAUUACGGCCGGAACGCGGACGAGCGAGCCCACCACAGGGCCAGAAUGGGGGCGUGGGCGCCGAAGGCGCUCUUGCCGGACGAGAGAGCGAAGGCGGACUCGGGAUUUCCAGUGCUAUUGAUGGCGCUGGAGCGCUUGGCCAAAAGCGUGGGGUUUUGGACCAAGGAGGAGCGGAUGGCCGUGUCUCGGGCGGUGCUGGACUUUGAAACGGAGACGAGGGCAAUGGAGGAAAGGGCUGCGGCUCUCGAGGACGACGGACUUUUCGCGAGGCUGUCGAGAUGGCUUUGUUCUUGGUGGUAG